GGCUGAUUGACACAUUUGUGACAUGACCAUGACAAUCCUAAAAUUCAAAUUUCAAAUCACUCAAAUUCUGUUUGAUCAAUAUUUCACAAAACGAAAAUGGAAAGCGUUUUACUGCCUAGUGAAAUUGAUAUUUUCAUAGAUAAUAUGACACCCCAAAAACUGAAAGAUAUUGCAACACCCCAAUGGCUCGACUGGCAUCAAAGACUACAGAGACUUAAUCAGGAAGCUCUUAUAGAGGUGUCAGCUCUCAAAGAAGAACAUGUGAAGGAAACAUUAGUCACUUAUGGCAAAGUCAAAGUACUGACUCAUGAAGCAAUACUCAUAAGCAUUUGGAAGCAGAAGGUUCUGCCACAGCUGCUCAAACUAGAAUCUUCCCCAGAAAGCACAUUCAUCGGAUACUCUAUCUUAUACCAUGAAGCAGUAUGUGUGGCUCUGCUGGAACUUGUCUUAUAUCAUCCCAGUUGUUGCGACACUCUCGAGGACUCUGCUUGUGACUUGCUGGACUAUGCGUAUGGAGCCGCAUCUCAGUUGUUGUCUAUUAAGCAAAUUGAACCCGCAGCACAGGAAAAUACUGUGACGGAACUAAUGCGGCAGAGGAACAACCUUUCGUUCGAUAUUGGAAUUCGUACAUUGGCAAUCAUUCGUUAUUUGACUGAGAAUUUUGAUAGACUGCCAUUCAGCAUUACCAGCCAAGUAUACACGACCUACGACAUUCCAGUGCUUUUCACAGAGAUUCUGUGUAUUGCCCCAUGGAUAAAAGAUGGAAAGAUGUACUCGGGUGGGACGUGGAAAAUUUGGGACAACGAACAACUGGGACAAGCCGAGGCACAGGUAUGGCUCACCUUAAGACAACUAUUACUAGACCCAGAAUGUUCAAAAAGGUAUCACCUCACAGAGAGCAGACGCAAUCAACUGGCGAAACUCUUACCCUUGAUGAGACCCACACUGCUUGACCAGCUGUCCCCACUUAUAGAGCUGAAUCACUGGUUGUGUCGUGUUGGGGUAAUGGAACAGUCUGUACCCAGCUCAGGGCCAUUGCUUUUGGAAACAGUUCUAGGUUUGAAAGAGAAUAUCCUGAAAGAAUGUGGAGGAAAAUGGAAGAAAAUAGCCGAAAAGCAGUUACCAUUGGUGUUUAACCAUGACAAACAGUUAUUACAGGAAGUAGCCAAAAAAUUGAGUGUUGCUUACAACACAGAGUUGUUGGAAAAACUUGAAGUCAAAGAUCAAGCGACUUGUGCACAAUGUGGAAAAGGUGCAAUACAAAGAUGCUCAAAAUGCAAAAAGUCUUGGUAUUGUUCUAGAGCAUGUCAAGUGACUCAUUGGCCACAACAUAAAGAGGAGUGCAAAUGUUGAUAUUUAAUAAUUUUUGUUGUUUUGAGAUGUGUUGAUUAUUUGAAUAAAACGCGAAAUAUUUA